ACUCUUCCAUCAUUUCCAUCUUUCUAAAUGAGGGUAACUUUGAACCGUUCACUUCUACGCUUGAUAUUUGAUCAGGAGACACCUUGUUUCUUUAUUUUUCUUACUUUCGUGUAUGGAGUAUUUACUAUUUAGGUCUAAAAUCUUUUGAAGCCACUCAAAAAGGCAACUGAAGGCCUCAUGUAAUGGUCUUUUUUCAUCUUUCACCUUUUCUUUGCCGGAGACCUCGUGUCUUCUGCCAAAGCAUGGGUUAAUGAUUGUGGAAAUAGCAUUCAUAGGGUAAUGGAGGAUUUUUAUGGGUUAGUCUGAAUUAACCCAAAGUCUUCUUUUCUACUUAAAUUAGUAACUGCGUUAUGGUCCAAUUGUGCCAGACGUUAGGUAUUCAGUUUAGGGAAUCUCUUGGCUUUCCUAUAGUGUGAUUUUAGGGAGUAUCUUGGCUUUCUUAUAGUGUGGUCGUGGUAGACGAGUUGCUCAUGAUUUUGAUUUCAUUACAGUUACAGAGAGUUCAAAUCAAAUUUGCAGGCUUGUUGCAAUUGGGUUUGUAAGAAAGAUAAAAUUCCUCACUUAUUGCUUCAGUAGGUAGAGUUUCUUGUCUACAAAUAUGUAAAGAGUAGAGACGAAACAAGUUUGGCUUGAAACGUGCAUGUAAUGUUAAUGUCUUUUCUUUCUACUAGACGACGGGAUUUUACUUAUUAGUUUUAGAUUGUAGAAUAAGUCGGUGGUGAUUCAUGCAUUUGUAUAAACAAAUAAGAAGCAAGAGUGCAAAGUUAAAGUUAAUGCAGUCCCGAUCCCAGAUAAACGUAGCAUGGCAUUGUCAUGGCCUAUCUUGACUCUUUGAUACAAAAAUGCAACUCUCUCAGUCUCACACACAUCAAACAACUCCAAGCCCAUUUCAUAACCAGUGGCCAUUUCCAAUUCUGCACCUCCCACCGCACCAAACUCCUCGAGCUCUGCUCUAUCUCACCCGCCGGUGACCUAUCUCACGCCACCCGCAUAUUCCACCAAAUCCAAAACCCAUCAACCAAUGACUGGAACGCCGUCGUUCGAGGCCUCGCCUCUGGUCCUGAACCCACCAGAGCCAUCUCAUGGUACCGAACCAUGUCUCGCUAUUCUCACAGAGUUGACGCUCUCACUUGUUCCUUUACACUCAAGGCUUGUGCACGUGCGCUAGCUCGUUCUGAGGCUAUUCAGAUUCAUUCUCAAGUUUUGAGAUUUGGGUUUGAUGCUGACGUUCUUUUGCAGACUACUUUGUUGGAUGUGUAUGCAAAAGUUGGCGAUUUGGAUAGUGCGGAGAAGCUGUUUGAUGAAAUGUCUGUGAGAGAUAUUGCGUCGUGGAAUGCUUUGGUUUCUGGGUUGGCUCAAGGAAGCCGACCCAAUGAAUCUAUAGCGUUGUUUAAGAGAAUGGGGGUGGAAGGUUGGAAGCCUAAUGAAGUCACUGUUCUUGGAGCUCUCUCAGCUUGUUCGCAAUUGGGUGCUUCAAAAGAAGGCGAAAAGAUUCACAGUUAUAUCAUGGAACAGAAGCUGGAUAUGAAUGUUCAAGUUUGUAAUGCAGUUAUUGAUAUGUAUGGAAAAUGCGGGUUUGCUGAUAAAGCGUAUAGGGUGUUUGAGAAUAUGGGUGGUAGGAAGAGUCUUGUUACUUGGAACACCAUGAUUAUGGCGUUUGGUAUGCAUGGUGAUGGAGCUAAGGCACUUGAGCUUUUUGAGCAAAUGGGUAUAACUGGAGUACACCGGGAUGCAGUAUCAUAUCUUGCUGCUCUGUGUGCGUGCAACCAUGCGGGUUUAGUGGAAGAUGGGGUGAGGUUGUUUGAUUCAAUGGCGGGGUCCGGGGUAAGACCUAAUGUUAAGCAUUAUGGCAGUGUGGUUGAUUUGUUGGGUCGAGCUGGGAGGCUCAAAGAGGCCUAUGAUAUUAUAAACUCUAUGCCUAUGUUUCCUGAUGUGGUUCUUUGGCAGAGUUUGCUUGGUGCCUGCAAGACUUAUGGCAAUGUGGAAAUGGCUGAAUUUGCAUCAAGGAAGCUACUGGAGAUGGGGUCUAAGAGUUGUGGAGAUUUUGUGUUGUUGUCAAAUGUUUAUGCAGCUCGUGAGAGAUGGAAUGAUGUGGGUAGGGUGAGGGAAGCCAUGAAGAGUAGAGAUGUGAAGAAGAUACCAGGAUUUAGCUACAUUGAAGUCGAUGGUGUCAUACAUAAAUUUAUAAAUGGUGACCAGAGCCACGCAAAUUGGUGUGAGAUUUAUGCGAAGCUAGAUGAGAUAAAGUUCCAGGUUAAAGCCUAUGGGUAUGUGGCUGAGACUAACUUUGUGUUGCAUGAUAUAGGACAGGAGGAGAAGGAGAAUGCAUUGUGUUAUCACAGUGAGAAGUUGGCUGUGGCUUUUGGUUUGAUUAGCACAAGUGAGGGUACCCCAAUUCAAGUAAUUAAGAACCUUCGGAUAUGUGGGGACUGUCAUGCUGUGAUCAAAAUUAUAUCGAAGAUUUAUGAUAGGGAAAUCAUUGUGCGAGAUCGAGCUCGAUUUCACAGAUUUAAAGAAGGUUUGUGUUCUUGCAGAGACUAUUGGUGACCUUGAUCUAUUCAGAAAUUGAACCAAUGAUUUGCUAGGGCGCAAGGGUGGCAUUUCAUCAAUUUAAAUCAGUGAAAAAUUGGUGAUGAAGGUUCUGUAAACCGAUUUUCUGAUACAAAAGUUGAGCAUUUUACUUAAACCAGCAGCUGGCAGACACAAAAUCUUAUCUCAUAAACUGAUGUUAUAAUUUUUGACAAUGAACAUAGUUCAAGAGAGGUUAGGGUCGAAGGUAUCAUCUGCAUGCAGGAGGGAGGUUGGGCUGCUAUACAUGUUUGGAAAAACUCUAUCUGAAAUGGACUUCAGUGUGUAGACUUGCAAACAGUCUGCUACGGCAUGGUUGAGAAUAUGGCUGCUAUUUGGCAAAUUAGCUUUAGCUGAACUUGCACCUCCUCCCUUAUAAGCUCUAAGUGCAGGAUAAGAAUGUGGGUUCAAGACCCAUUGAAUGCAUGUGUAACUUACCAAUUAAAGAAAUGAUAAAAUUUAGUUACAA